CGGAAGUGAGACGCAGGUAUUGCUCUUUAUCGCCCAGGCUACGUUGGGCUGUUCGGCGUCAACGGCAGGAGCAUCAGACAAGAGAAUAACCCAAUAAUGGAAGAAUUUCAAGAUGGUGAAGCUCCUGGUGGGGACCUGUCUCAGUGCAAAAUCUGCAAAAGGUGUUUCUUCCCCAGUGUCCUGGAGAAACAUGCUAGAAUUUGCCAAAAGGCAGCGGCUAAAAGGAGAAGAGUUUUUGAUUCGAGCCGGCAGAGAGCUGAAGGCACAGACAUCUGCGUUCUAAAACCGAUGAAAGCAGUGUCACAAACUUCAGCUGCCGCACAUAAAGCCGAACCUCCGAAGAAGCCCUCCAACUGGCGGAAGAAACAUGAGGACUUCAUCGCUACCAUUCGAGCUGCCAAGGCCGCCACUCAGGCAAUGAGGGUGGGGGCACCUCUACCCCCACCUCCUCCUCCAACUUACGAUCCAGAUUACAUCCAGUGUCCUUACUGUCAGCGGAGGUUCAAUGAGAAUGCCGCUGACAGACACAUCAAUUUCUGCCGGGAGCAAGCUGCCCGCAUGCCCAAUAAAAGCAAGCUGGUAGAUGCCAAGAAGACUCCGCUUCGCACACAGUUUAAGCCUCCUGGUCCUGUAAAGAAAACAACCCCUCCUGGUACAUCAGCACUCCCCUCAACUUCUUCUCGUGUGCCCCAGAGACCCCUGGGACAGUACUCUGUAAGCCCCUCAGCAGGCCCAGUGAGGAAGAAUAUCUCUGGAAUCCCAAGCCCACCUUCAGGUGUGGGAAAUAAGGCCAGAGGUGUAAGCUCAGGCUACGGAGGUGUGGGUGGAGGUGUGAGAAACUCUCAGGUUGGAAUAGGAGCCAACAAAAAGAAAGCCGACACCAACAUGUCUGGGAAUGAUGUCAACGGCGGUGUGAAGAGCAAGUUCUGCCACGCCUGUGGCGCCAAGUACCCUGUUGACUCUGCCAAUUUCUGCUGUGAAUGUGGGAUUCGGAGGAUGUGCAUCUGACAUUGGUCAAAAGUCGGUGAAGGAACAGGAAAGUAGGGAUGCGUCUGUGCUUAGAUAGAAGUGAAGAAUAUCACCAAAGUUAAUAAAGACGACGAACAGAUUUUCCUUCUGACACACGUUGUUGCUGGUUUCCUGUUAGCUGAGGGGCAUGGCUAAGAUAAAAGCUAUACUGCUCUAUGCAACAAUAUGGCAGUGUUAUUCCUCAGUAUGUUGCUGAAUUAUUUUCUUUGAGCGGUGUUCAUAGUAAACUACACAGCUUUAAAUAUUUCAAACCCCUUAACUGUCAAGAGGACACCGGCGUCCUCCUGGACCAAUUGUCUGAAGUGUAAAGGUUUUCGGUGACCGUUGAGGGGUUAAUGCAUGUCGGCUCCUUUCUUGGGGAAAAACCCAUGCAAAUCAUCUUACCUUCCUUCUCACUACUUCCUAUGUAAGUAUCAAAAACAAAGUUACUGCCCUGGGAUUAGCAAGUGUGCAGAAAUCCGCCCCGAGAAGUGUGUAGUGAAACUGGGAAGAGUGUUUGGUGAAGCUUGUUGGAGAAGGCUGUGAUUGUUACUGAGUUUGUAUCCCGACCUGAAGCGCAUUCAGUCAGUCUUCUCUUCUCAAACAGAAGGUUUUCAUACUAAAGUGCAAUAUAACUGACUACUGAGGGAACGCAAUGUGGUUUUUACAUUUAAAAAUAGGUUGGAACUUUUCUCUUACCGCCCUGUUCAGACUGAAAUCACUCCCUAUAGAAACCAGUUUUUAAAGCUGUCACUUUACAGACAUGUCCCAUUAUACUACUGCUACUGGCAAAUGUGGUUUUUACUCUGUCCCCCCUUCUCCUCCCAUUAUUUUAUGAAGUGAAAUUUAUUUAUUUUCUUAAUCCAUUUAAUUUAUGCUGAAUGAAAUGAGAUAUGAUUCUCACAAUUAUUAAUUUUUUUAAGUGUAAUUGUUUUUUUUUUCUUAUGGAUUCAUUGUUCAACAAAUUACGAAUUGUAGAAUCACAACUACAGUGACACUAGAUUGUAUAUUUCUGUGGGACUUGUCGGCGCCUAUCCAAGUUUUCUCUAUCCACUCUGUUCUUAUUGAAGUCAUUUUCUACUCCUAGCAAUGGUUUGAGUUGUUUGGUUUUCCAAACAACUCAAAGGAGAAAUAUUUAAGCUGAGCAAACAGUUGGAUUUCUUGCGUUAAAAGCAUUUAACCUCUAUAUGGUUGUGCCCUUAAUGUCAUGUAUGUCAACCACAUAAAUAAACUUCUUUGAAGACA